AAAAAAAAUGUAAACAAAACCCACAUAAAAUGUCGAACAGUCCAAGUGAAAAUAAAAAUAAAAAUUGUUGAUGAAAUUUCCAAAUUCGAAGCAUCCAUCUCGCAAAUUCGAACAUCCUACUCGAUUGCUCUCUGCUUCGUUCAAGCCGGAGAUGUUAAGCUCAAAUGUUGCUGCACGUCGAUUAAUUAUGUUGGGCACCCUAGUUGUACUCUCGUGGGUGAUCGGAGUUGCUUCUGUGGCAGUGCCGAGGUCUAAUUGCUAUGCUCUUGAUAAUUCCAGCCACAUUGUUGAUUUUACAAGCUGGAAAGGACAUCUAUUUGAGUAUGAGGGGAAGGAGUCGGACUUGGUUGUUCGAUUUUGCAAAGAUGUGGAGAGCAGAUCACAAACAGGGUAUGUUGAUUUUGGUCGCUUUGCUUCAUUCAACCAUUUUGUUGCUGGCUCUGGACGGGUCAACUUUAUUCAAGGAUUCUAUGAGGGCGAUCUCAUGAAUUGUGAGCAAAGUUAUGACAAAUUGGGGCGCACAGCACAGGUGAACAUCAUAUGCGGAAGUUGUUUGAGCAGACAGUGUAAAGGUGAGCUUGGAUGUAUAUGCAAUGUUACAUACGAAUCAUCUUGCAGGGUGCUUGUAGAACUUGCUAUUCCUUGCGAGAAACAUGGUCCACGUGUAUUUGAAGGAUUCACUAUUGGGUUUCAUCCACGGUCGUCGGAAAUUGUCUACAAUGGCAUGACUCAACUUGGUUUUGAGAAGUCCUACAAUGAAUUCAGCUUUAUUACUGAACAGACUCGUGUGUCCCUUUAUAUGACUGCAGUUGCAUCACUCUCGAAUUUGGUGCAAAAACCAACUGUAAAGGUACUCCCGCAGGAUGGCCUAGAUGUUCAUCUAUCCGGCUCUGGUGCUUCUGGAACUCCACCAACAACUUUGUCGCCAACCAUUUUGACUGUAGACUGGACAUGUAAAAAGGCACAAAACACGCCGUACGAAGUGGAAAUCACUAUUCCAGUGGAGAAUUAUGAGCCAGUCCAGUUCACACUUACGAAAAUGUGCGAUCGCAGACAAGAUGAUAUGAAGGAGGCAACAAAAGGAUGGGCUAUAUUUGGAAUCCUUUCUUGCAUAUUCCUAGUUUCGCUUACCCUGUUUUGCUGUGGUGGAUUUAUUUUUAAAUGGCGGAAGCAAAACCAGCAUGGGCUUGAUGCGUUGCCAGGGAUGACCUAUUUAUCAGCAUUGUUACAAACUGUGACUGGAGGAGGUCAUGGUUACCAAAGAGCGGAAGAGAGUAACAAUCCUUUCACCCCUGCUGCUCAAGGAACUGGAAGGACCGAGGUCAGAUAUGGUUCCAUUUAAUCUAUAUGCUCUCAAAUCCAAAACGAAGCAAACAUCAUAAGAAUGAUGCGUUUGGUCAAGAUGCAGUGCUGUGGCAAUGCUGCCCAGAAACAAUGUAUAUGGGAUCCGAGUUUAAUGUAUCGAUGCGAAUUUUGGUAAACAAGAGGGCCUCCAUUUUGAAGAGACUUUGUUUGUAAGAGCUACAGAAAAUGUUGUCUUGGAUUCCAGGUAAAACUAAUACUGUAGUUUAGCAAUUAUCAGGGAAAAAAAAGGCCAGAAAAGGGGUAAAAGGAGCAGGUCUGCUAACCUCGAUUGUGUUAUCUUUUUUCCCUUUCAAUCAAUAAUUAGAUUAAACCUAAUAUUCCAUCUACUUUCCAUCUGUAAUCAUUCAUUUUUAUUUGUUAAAUUCAUCAAUCAAUCAAUCACGCCCUUCUGUUUGCGGCGUUGAAAAUGGUAA